CGUGAGUGUUUGCCAGUCGUCACGUCACUCUUUACUCUUACUGGACUGUACCUCUGUAGGAUGUUAUAAGGGGUCUUCAGGGUUUAACAGGUAGCGGGUUGAGGGUUCGAGUCGUGGGCAGCAUGAGCGCGGAAUGCGCGGAAUAUUACAACACGGAGAAUGUGUUUGUCAGCGCCUUCACGUGCCCUAAGACCGACAACGACGCGCGCGCGGUCUUCUGCUGCGGGUUCAGUGACGUCAAAUACUGCUGCGACGAUCCCAACAGCUUUUUCCCUUAUGAGUAUGGAUAUAUGUGGUGGCUCAGUUUGGGAGCCCUGGUUGGUUUGUCUAUAGCUGCUGUGGUACUGUUAGCCUUCAUCAUCACUGUUUGCGUGCUUUGCUACCUGUUCAUCGCCACUAAACCUCGAGGGCUGGACAACGGACUGCCAUUACGAGCACCAGGAUCUGGGCCCAGUCCUCAGCCUCAGCCGAGCGCCGCACUGGGACCGCAGGGUUUCCGCAAGCAUUUCUUACGGGGCAAACUGGACUGUGACAACCAGCCGCCCGACCCAGACCGGCUGUUCCAGCGCUGCUUCAUGGCUACGGUCACCACCAUCAACGUUGAAGGACCUUCAUAAAGCC